CGAAAUCUCCCCCUGCAUUUUGAAACCGCGCGAAACGAGAGAGGGAAGGUCUUCUCUCCCCCCUCCCCCAAAAUCCAACAAGAGGGAGGGCGCAGCCGCUCCCCGUCGGAUGCUGGCGCCGCCAUGACCGCCGCCGCGGCCGCGUGGCCGGUCUGCACCAUCUGCUACGAGGACCUCCGCCCGCUCUCCGACCAGCACCUCCACUGCCUGCCCGCCUGCGGCCACGUCUUCCACGCCCUCUGCCUGGAGCAAUGGCUGGAGUACUGCCCGGGCGGCAAGAAGAAGCGCACCUGCCCCGUCUGCAAGCAGGCCUGCGGCGCCGCGCACCCGCCGACCCGCCUCUACUUCCAGUCCACCGGCGCGUGCCCGACCCAGGCCGACCCUGCCUCGCAGGACGCCCCCGCGGGCCCCGACCCGGAGGCGCUCGCCGCCGAGCUCGCGCGGCUGGAGCAGAAGGCGGCGUCCCUCGGCAGGGUGGUUGAGGAGCAGCGCGAUGGCAUCAAGAACCUCAAUGCCGAGGUUGCCAGGUGGAUGGCGAAGGCGGCCGCCGCAGAGGCGAUGCAGGAAGCCGCGAGAAAGGAGAAAGACCAUGUCCAGAUGCUACUCAUUGCGAGAAAAGAGGAAUUGUUGAGGAAGACAUCAGAAUGUGGUAGAUUGCAGGAGAAGAGCCUUGCAUUGGCCAAAGAGCUCGCGGCACUGAAGCUGUCCUCGGACAUGAACCUUCCGGAGGAGGAGAUCCUUAAGUUGGCGUCACUCGGUAACCAUGGGAACCUAGAGAAUGCUGUUGAUGUGUUAAAGAGAUCCCUUGCUAUUCGGAACAAGAGCUACAAAGAAUUGAUGAUCCAAUGCAAUGUUCUCGGGAGAUCAGAGUCUCGCAUGCAGCAGAAGGUUGAGAAGGCCAAAGAGCUUGUAAAAAAGUUAAAGGCAAGGGUACAUGAACUUGAGAAGGAAUUAGAGGAAAAAGAAAAUAGUUUGAUAAGGGACUUGAGGCCUUCAAAGAAAUUGAAAGCAGACCAAACAAAAUCAGGGAAUAUCACAGCAAAUGAUGGUUUCCCUUGUCCAAGUGCUGGGAACAGAAAUCAAACAACCAAGCUUGAUGAAGUGAUGCAGGAUCCCUGCAACGACAAGCCUGACUUGAACCAGUUAAAACCUGAAGCUAUGAGUGAUCUGAAUUCUAAUGGCAACUUUGAGAACAAGAAUGUGGAUGUGGUAGAACUAGAUGCUGAUGAUUCCGCUUUUGGAAAUCAACACAAGACACAAUUAUCUGCCAAACCAUUUGGGACUGAUGAUAACACUUUGGAUUCCCAAAACAAUUCUAGUCUUUGUCAAAAUGAUAACAGACAGACGAUGACAUUUGAAUGCACAACUCAGCAUGUAGCGAAAGAAGCAUUCUUCCUCAAAAAUAAAGAAGCAACUGGAAAAUCAACCUCUCUGGCGAACCUUAGGGCUAAACUGCAUAUUUCUCAGGAGAGUCAUUUUGAGAGGACUAAUGUGACAACUUCAACAUGGGAGAAAGAAACACUAACAAUUGAUGGCAUCUCCAAACAAGCAACAAGGUUGACUUCUGGCACUGGACCUCAGCAGAUUCACAACUUCAAUUCUCUCUCUGAUGAUUUCCAGUCACCUGGAGUUCCUGGCAUGGAUGGAGCAAGAAAAGGCAUCGGCAAAUGGUGCAAGAGCUCAACAGCUCCUGGAUCUGCUUCUGCAUCUGCAAACCCGAACAGAGGCAACCUGAUUGCUGUGGGGCCGGACGGACGUGGAGGAAAGGUCAAAAUUCUAAGGGACCUUGGCGGAUUCCAAGGUAGCAAGUCUCAAGCUCUGUGGCCAAAGGCGCAGAAGAUUGGAGGCAAAGGUGGCCAAUCUCAGAUAUAUCACUUCUUUGGCAAGAGAUGAUCAUACUGAACAUUGCCUGUGAUGCUGUCAUUGGAUUAUGUGAAGUGCAUCUAUUGACAUCCAUCUGUACUUCUAAAGGUUCCGCUACAGUUGCCCUGAAUAACUGAAUCCAAUUUCUUGCAAUGGUAAAGUAUUGGGCCUACAGAACCUGUACACAAUCUAUACCACGCCAGAAAUCUGAAUUUACACCUUAGGUGUACCAUCCAGGCAUGUAUUGUUUACCUCUCAUUUUGAAAAUGUAGCAGUUCAUUUGAUGCGUCAGCUGAUGUAGAUGUAAAUGCAUAGGGAGCUUCACUUUUGGUUCA